AUGAAGUUGUACAGACUUAUGAAGAACAGAAAAGGGUUUUUUCCCCAGAUGAAGUUUUCACGAAACAGAAAUGGGUUCAAAAGCUUCAAAUGGCUUCUAUGGCUGUUUAUAUCUUUCUUCUUCUUAGUUAGAUUCAUCAGCAAUCAUCAACCCAACACGAAUUCGUUGAAAACAACAAUAAUUUCUCACACGCAAUCCAAUGUCGUCUCUCGUGCUGUCUCGGAAUCGAACGCCGCCGUGGUUCUCCUUCAAAAUCAAGGUUUAUUGAAGGAUUUGAAGCUUUAUAUAUACGAAUUGCCAUCGAAAUACAAUGCCGAUUGGUUGUCAAAUGAUCGAUGUAGCAACCAUUUAUUUGCGUCGGAGGUCUCCAUACACAAGGCGUUAAUGAACAGCGAUGUACGGACGUUUAACCCCUCGGAAGCUGAUUUCUUCUUCGUACCCGUUUACGUUUCCUGCAAUUUCAGCACCGUUAAUGGCUUCCCUGCCAUCGGCCACGCACGUGCUCUUCUAUCGUCGGCGGUUGACCUCAUUUCUUCGGAGCUUCCAUUUUGGAACCGGAGCAAUGGUUCCGACCAUAUCUUCGUCGCGUCUCACGAUUACGGUGCUUGUUUUCAUGCCAUGGAAGAUAGAGCUGUCGCUAAUGGGAUACCGGAGUUCAUGAAGAACUCGAUUAUAUUACAGACGUUCGGCGUUAAACACCGGCAUCCAUGUCAAAACGUUGAGCAUGUUGUCAUCCCACCUUACAUCUCGCCGGAAAAAGUUCAGGCGACGCUAUCACAGUCCUCGAUAAAUGGCCGCCGGGAUAUUUUCGUGUUCUUUAGAGGCAAAAUGGAAGUACACCCGAAGAAUGUCAGCGGUCGAUUUUACAGCAAGCGGGUAAGGACGGAGAUAUUGCGAAAGUACGGGAAUGACCGGAGGUUUUAUCUGAAACGGCAUCGAUUCGCCGGUUACCAGUCGGAAAUUGUACGGUCGGUUUUCUGUUUGUGUCCACUUGGGUGGGCACCAUGGAGCCCUCGACUUGUGGAAGCGGUGGCGUUGGGGUGCGUGCCGGUUAUAAUAGCUGACGGAAUACGGCUACCGUUGGAAUCCGCCGUACCAUGGCCGGAGAUAUCUCUGACGGUGGAGGAGAAAGACGUCGGGAAGUUGGCCGGGAUUCUUGAAUACGUGGCGGCAACUAAUCUUUCUACCAUUCAGAAAAACCUGUGGGACCCAAAAGUCCGGCGGGCCCUGCUUUUCCACGAUGACGUGGAAAAUGGCGAUGCUACGUGGCAAAUCGUUGUCGAGUUGUCUCGGCGGUGUGGUAGGUCUCUUCGAAGGUUGAGGGUUUCCGACCGGUGAGGACCAUACACGUGGCAGAUAUUUCCGCAAUGAAAAAGCCAACGUGGAAAAGAUGUUGGAUUACAGCUGGACAUGGCGCCACCAUUAUUAGCAGUGGGUCCCUACUUGGAAAUGGAAAUGCGAUGAGGAAUGUGGUUGUUUUUAUGACGUGGCGGGUGAUGAUUGGUGGAGGUGGGCGGGUGGACAGAUAAUAUCAUGGAAUAUAUGGAAGGAUGGCAGAGGUGAGGUUGGGUUGGGUUGGGUUACGCUGUAAUGGACCGCAUUUUAACACGAUGGGACCUCCCUGUGAAGGGUGUGACACAUUUGUCAUUACUUGAUUGGUUUGAUUUGGACGUCAAAUUUUGUACGUUAUGUUGGAACUUUGCUGAGUUGCAGGAUAUUAUA